AUGGAACUUUCCAUCAAAGCAACGGGGUGUAGCUCAUAUGGUAGAGCGCUCGCUUCGCAUGCGAGAGGCACGGGGUUCGAUUCCCCGCACCUCCAUUCUUUUACGGUGCACGCAACUCCAAUUUUGCCCUUCCACCACCCUUCUUCUUCUCUCCCCAAACACACCAACACUAACACUCCUUUUCCCUCUCUAUUAUUUUUCUCAACUUCCUCACUCCCCAACCAUUCGAGCUUCCGUGAGCCAGAGCCACAAUGGAACCUCCAACGUCACCGCUGCCAACUUAUUGGACCAACAACUCUUCCUCCGACGACGCCUUGCAGAUCAUCGCCGACAACUCUUCAGGGUUUAGCGGCCGUGUUAAGGGUUUCUGACGCUCUUAGGGUUAUUAGAUAUAUUUGCGAAGUCGGCGUUUCUCCUGGUGAGGAGAUUCCGUUUGGGAAAAUAGUCAAAUGCCCUAGCUGUCGGAUAGCUGUAGGUGUUGCACAGCCACAACAAGGAUCACCUCCUGCCGAACGCAGCAUGGACAUCACCGCAUGGGAAAGGGGGUUAAGAUACGUGAAAUUGAUGAAGCAAAGCAUUCCUGCUGCUGUUCACUCUAUUGUGGUGCAGACCCCUUCUGGUCUGACUCGCACUCAUAGAUUUGCAACUGAAACAGUUGAUCUGCCAGCACAAGAAGGCGAAAGGGUAACUGUUGCUGUGGCAGCUCUGUCUAAUGUAUAUAGAAAGGUGGGCCCCUUUAAAUUCAGUCCAAGGGCCCCUGAUUUCUAUCCUGAGAAUACAAGCAGAAGCCAAUGAUGAGGCUGAAAGACUUCUUAGUUCCUAGCCCAUGCCUUUGGACGAAGUAUUGAGUUGUAUGGAUGCAUCUGAUUCGUGUGCUGUAUCAUUAGGCAAGCUUCACCUCCCAGCCCAAUGAUCUUUUUCUUGAUUGAGCAAAAGAGCAAUAUCCAGUCACCUGUGUCUUUUAGCAGGCAAGUUUUUGAAAUUUUGAUGUCUUAGAACAAUCACCAUUAUGUCACCAGAAGGAUUGCAUUGUAUAUGAUCAUCUCUGUCAUCUAAUGCAAAUAUUUGUUGCCACUAAAAUGCGCCCUCGCAGCUCUCUAACCCAGGGGUCAAAGCAAAACAAAGGGCUAGUCCAACCCAGGUUGAAAUACAAAUUAUUCAUUAUUCACAAUCAA